CUAGUGCUGGCUGAGGAGUUGCCGUGCUGUAGUGGUAGCGCAUGCUCUCAGCACACCUCCUGACACCAGCAUACACGCUCUUCUGUGAAAUAUCCAGGCAGCCAUUAACUCGCGGCCGCUCGCCGCUGUUUUUCCUCUUGUAAUGUUUCGCUUGUUGGACAGUUCUGUGGUCUUUUUUUCACUUUCAUUGCCGAAAGCAACCCGUCCGUCCGCCCACAGGCUCUGCAGGACAGGUGUUUCGAUGAGAGCGCUGCACGAUGGCCGUUUUAGACCGGAGCACUGUGCUGGUGCCCAUCAUCUCUGCUUUUAGUGUAGCGAGGAAUAUGAUCCGGUUCUGAAGCGCAGGGCAGACAAACCUGUGUCCUGCUUAGUGUAAUGGAAGUCAGGUGGAAGCUCGUGUUGUCAGCUGAAGCCGCUCACAGACGUGUUUGCGCUCCUGCCUUCAGACAUUGUAGUUCAAAGCCGUUGGUGUGGUAUGUGUUUGACCUCGUUCGUGGCUGGAAAGACUAACGCUGUCCCGAGUUAAGGGUAAUUCAACACUCGUGAUUCCCGUUUAAGCCAUUGAGACCACGGAGGGGAAGUUGCCUCAGUCGUAUUUACUGCACCCCCUUUACAGUGUAUGUGUGGCAACAACAUGUCUGUGCCGCUGCUCGCCGAGGCUGUGACGGUAUCUGGGACAGAGAAAGAGACCGCUGCGGUCAUCUUUCUCCAUGGUCUGGGUGACACAGGACAUGGCUGGUCUGAUGCCAUGACGUCUAUUAGGCUGCCGUACGUGAAGUACAUCUGUCCACAUGCACCUAGAAUUCCUGUAACGCUCAACAUGAAGAUGACCAUGCCCUCAUGGUUUGACUUGAUGGGCCUGAGCCCAGAGUCUCCUGAGGAUGAGGCAGGAAUUAAGAGAGCAGCCGAGAACAUCAAGGCCAUUAUUGACCAUGAGACAAAAAAUGGAAUACCAGCAAAUCGUGUACUCCUUGGUGGAUUCUCUCAGGGUGGAGCUCUCUCCCUCUACACUGCUCUUACCUGUCAGCAGCAGCUUGCGGGUGUGGUUGCUCUAAGCUGUUGGUUACCUCUUCACAAGACCUUCCCACAGGCGGCGAGUGGCAGUGCGAACAAGGAUAUACACAUUCUGCAAUGCCAUGGAGAGAUGGACCCAAUGAUUCCGGUGCAGUUUGGGGCUAUGACAGCCGAGAAGCUUAAGACCAUAGUGAACCCUCAGAAAGUCUCCUUCCGCACCUACCCAGGUCUCAUGCACAGCUCCUGCCCUCAGGAGAUGUCUGAUGUGAAGAAUUUCAUCGAGAAGCUGUUGCCCCGAAUCUGACCUCACUGUGACCCUUAAGACACCGACCUCUCACCUCUGACCCGCCAUUCUCCCACAGGAAACAGCCAUGAGCGUCUCCUACCACACAAACACAAAUACAUGUACUCGCACACACAUACGGACACAGAGGCAUGAGCAUCUGUCUGUACAUACUGUGAAAAUAACGCAUUCGUACAUUGGUGCCUCAUGCCUUUGUAAGAUCAUAGACAUGUAAUGGACAGUCA